AUGGCUGGCCCCAACAAUGGCAUCGUCCUCUACCACUAUUCAUUCUCCCCGUUCGCUAGGAGAGUCCUGUGGUACCUGAGUCUGCGGGGUAUGGACUAUGCUGAGUGUAAACAACCGCCCGUCAUGCCCCGACCAGAUCUCAGUGCCUUGGGUGUCAAGUACAGAAGAAUCCCUGUAAUGACCAUAGGUCGUGACGUCUACUGCGACAGUCGCAUCAUCCUUCGCAAGUUGGAGGAAUUGUUCCCCGAGGGUGCUCUAGGUGCAUCAAACACCGAAGAAAAGGCAAUCGAGAAGUUGCUGGAAAUCUGGAGCAUCGAGGCGGGACUCUUCACCCGGGCGUCGCAGCUGAUCCCGACCAGUAUGCCGCUUUUGAACGAUCCCAAAUUCACCAAAGACCGAGAAGAGUAUUCUGGCCGACCAUGGAGCAAAGAGUUCAUUGCCGAGAAUCGACCAGAGGCACUUGCCGCUAUCAGAAACGGAUUCAAGCUCCUCGAGACCACUCUGCUGGCCGAUGGACGGAAAUGGGUGCUCAAGACGGAAAAGCCGACUCUCGCCGACAUCGAAGCCAUCUGGACUUUUGAUUGGUUGAAUGGGCUGAAAGGGGCUCUUCCCCGGGAGUUGAUCUCUGACAAGAAAUAUCCCAAGGUAUUUGCGUGGAUUGCCAGGUUCAACGAUGCCCUCAAGGUCGCCAAAGCCCAAGCGCCGAAACCGGCCUCAUUGAAGGGCAACGCUGCAGCGGAGCGGAUCCUCAACGCUCCCUUCGCCGACAGGGACUUGGGCGUUGACCCCGCGGAUCCUCUUGGAUUGCAGGAAGGGACCGAAGUGGAAGUGGUCGCCAUUGACUCAGGCACCCAACAUCGUGACCAGGGCCGCCUCAUUGGGCUGACAGAGGAUGAAGUUGUCCUGAGCACCCAAGCCCAGGGAAAGGAGGUCCGCCUGCAUUUUCCCCGGACAGGGUUCCGCAUCAAAGCAGUCACUGGUGGAAGCAAGUCGAAGUUGUGA